AUGUGGCUUGGACUUGGAAGCACUACAGCUACGCGGAAGAUCCUAGCGGCAAGUGCGCCAACAUGCAAGAGCGGGUUGUCCGCCACUUCUGGGGUGAGGGUGACUGGCAUGCACUACGAGGCACGUGUCCAGUGCGUCCUCGACUGGCACGCCGAGCGCAAAAACCCUCCUCAGUACGUCGGGGAAGACAAGGCGUGCUUUCUUGCGAUGGUCAUAUGGUGGACAUCCCCCGAGUACGCCCGGAAGCACGAGGAGGGCAAGCAGAAGCGUUUAGAGAUGGGAGGUGGAUCACAUGAAGUGAAGACAGGCGUGACACCAAACUUGUUUGGCCUUUUCCAAAAGUCCAAGACCAGGAGGGAGCCGCAUCCUGAAACGGGGUCCGUGUGGGUCAACGGGCUAGCGGAGGCCCAGUGUGGCGCGUACCGCUCGACGUUCAAGGCCAAGCACGGCGAAGACGCCGACCCAACCACCGAAGACUUUGAUGUUGAGGUUGCGGUGCUUGCGGGACAAGGCAAGAAGGGUGGCCGCCUAUGGAUUGCUGACGGGUUAGUCGACCCAAAGACCAUUCCAUCUCUACGCCAGAUCCGUCGUGGGCGUACGAGCGAGCAGCCUCGGGUAGAGACCCGCCCACGGGCUUCGGACCUAGCUGUGGAGAAGUUACGGGCGGAGAUGGAAGAAAGGGAACGGAGGCACCAAGAGGAGCAGAUGCAGAUGCAGCAGCAGCUUAGGGAGAACAUGCAGAUGCAGCAGCAGAUGUUGCAGCAGAUGCAACAACAACAGCAGAUGUUCCAGCAGAUGUUCAUGAACCAGGCCGUGCUGACUUCCCCACCGUGGAGUAGUGCUCCUAGCACGUCGUGUCCUCCUAUGUUCCCCAACUGGGUAAGUGGUUAA